AAUGAGCGACAAGAAGUUUUCUGAGGCUCGUAUUUUUAAUAAGCACGAGCUUAAAUCUUAUACGGGGGAGAAACCGUACGAGUGUAGUCAUUGCGAUGCAAAAUUUUCUGUAAAACAUCAUUUGGUAAAUCAUGAAAGAACGCAUACAGGCGAAAAACUAUUUAUUUGCUCUUAUUGUGAUGCUAGAUUUGCUCGUAGUCAUCAUCUAGUUUUUCAUGAACAUUUACAUUCAGGUGAAAAACCAUUCCAAUGUAAAGUAUGUGGUGAACGAUUUAAUCGAAAAGACACUCUCAAUAUUCAUGAACGCAUUCAUACUGGCGAAAAACCAUUCGAAUGUAAGACGUGCGGAGAGAGAUUCACUGUAUCGUCUAAUUUAAAGGCUCACGAACGUAUUCAUACUGGCGAAAAACCUUUUGAAUGUAAGGUGUGCAGUGAAAGAUUUACUCGAAAACACCACCUUACUAGUCACGAACGUAUUCAUACUGGUGAAAAACCAUUCGAAUGUAAAGUAUGUGGUGAACGAUUUAGUCAAAAAGGCAGUCUGAAUAGUCAUGAACGAAUUCAUACUGGUGAAAAACCAUUCCAAUGUAAAGUAUGUGGUGAACGAUUUAAUCAAAAAGGCAUUCUGAAUAAUCAUGAACGAAUUCAUACUGGUGAAAAACCAUUCCAAUGUAAAGUAUGUGGUGAACGAUUUAAUCGAAAAGACAAUCUCAAUAUUCAUGAACGCAUUCAUACUGGUGAAAAACCUUACGAAUGUAAGACGUGUGGAGAGAGAUUCACUGUAUCAUCUAGUUUAAAGACUCACGAACGUAUUCAUACUGGUGAAAAACCAUUCGAAUGUAAAAUAUGUGGUGAACGAUUUAAUCAAAAAGGCAAUCUGAAUUGUCAUGAACGUAUUCACUCUGGCGUAAAACCUUUUGAAUGUAAGGUGUGCGAUGAAAGAUUUUCCCAUAAAUCCUAA